AUAUGACUCUACAAUUAAGUGAAUUUCUGUGUCGGGUGUGCCUUCAACAACAAGAGCUCCUAGUGGACAUUUACGAGAAUGUGGAAGAGCUUCAAAUGGACUUGAGCUCAUUGCUGGAGAGUUGUGGUAACAUCAAAGUGGAACGUCUCGAUGAAUAUCCCAAAUAUUUGUGCCAGGAGUGCACCAAGGAGCUGCUCAUCACGGCCAAGUUUCGCAAAAAGUGCGCCGAGACGCAGAUACGACUACAAGAAGACGCUGCACGAAAUGCUCUGAGGCUCGAGGAGAAAGAAUGUCUGUCAAAUAAGGAAUAUCAGGGGGAGCAGGAGGUGUUUCGGCCGGAGGAGGACUACCUGACAGAGGGAAUCAUUGUAUGUGAUCCCAUCGACUAUGCAGAACAGGUGCCAACUGAGGAGCAGGAGGAGACGACAGCAGAGGAUGCUGGUCAGGAGUCGCUUAUCUCUGCCAGCUACAACUGCGACAAUUGCGGUGCGGUCUUCCAGCAGGCGCACACCCUACGCAAGCAUCUAAAAAACUUCCAUGCUCUUACAACCAUCUAUGACUGUAAAAACUGUGGUCAGUUCUACACGGAUAACGCUGAAUUUAAAAGCCACAGCUGCUGCACCGAUCGCUCCACAGAAUUGGUGGUCCAAAGCGGACGGCAUAGAUGCAUUUACUGCGGCAAGUGUCUGCAGUCGGCCACCAGUCUGGCUGAGCAUCUGCGGUUGCACACCGGGGAGCGACCUUAUUGUUGCGAUGAUUGCCCACAGACCUUUACGACAAACGGAGCACUGGUUACGCACCAGAAGCGACACUUUAAAGUGAUUCAGCACCACUGCAACUAUUGCGGCCAGGGAUUCGUGGAGUCCAGCAAUCUGAAGCGCCAUAUUACCGCCAAGCACACAAAGGAAAAGCCGCACACCUGCACCGUCUGCCAGCGCAAGUUCUCCAGGGUCUAUCUGCUGGAGCUGCACACUCGCACCCAUACGGGCGAACGACCCUACAAGUGCAAUCAUUGCCAGCGAACGUUUAGCCAGCUGGGCGUGCUGCGCAGCCACGAGAGAAUACACUCGAAUGAGCGCCUGCAUCGCUGCCAGCUUUGCCCGAAAACCUUCGGGCGAGCGGCUCAGCUUAGAAAUCACAUGAUGCGCCACGAAGAAGAGACUGAAACUGGUCCAGUUUAGUGCAGGAUCUCAGUGAUUGGUUUUCCUUUUUCAAUAUUUUAAAAUCGUUUGGAUUAAUAAUCCAAGAUAACCUGGAGGCCUUACGUUUGCCCGGAAUAGUUAGUAUCUAUGACAGCCAGGCUGGCUUUCGCCUCAAGGCAGAGCAAUCGUUGAAGAUCUUCGAGGAAUACCAGACAAUCGGUGGCAUCAUUUGCUUAUUUGUAUUCCUGGAGCACAACUGGACACACACUCCUCUUCCAGCUGCACCGGUGUCCUUGUGCCAUGGGCACCCCUCAGUUUUACUUAAUUAAAAAUAACUUACGGCA